AGGAGAGAGAAAUAAACGAAGGUCGUUUAGGUUUCGAUUUCUCCUCUCGCAGUACGGCAGCAGAGACGAGAAGGUGAAGAAGAAGAAGAAGAAAGAAAGGGAGAAAGGUUAUCACCCUGCGAACUAGGGUUUAUACUCGCUGUUAGGGUUACGGUUUCUACUUCAGUAAUUGAUAACUUAUAUUAUCGAGUUUGUUAGGGUUCCUUUCAUUCCAUUUUGAUUUGAAGAUAUUGAGUUCGAUUCUCUGUGCUACAGAGACGUGAUAUUAUAGUGUUUAUGUGAUCUCUGUGCUGUUUAUUUCCUUGUUCGAUCUCGGUUUCUGUUGUUAUUGUUGAAAUCUAGGGAUUUUCUCUUUAAUGGAUGAGUUUUGGGAGAGGGCCGUGGAAACGGCGCUCGACGGCCAAACCGAUUGCUCUUCUACUCGUUCCCUGACCCUCGAUGGGGCAGUGAAAUGUGUCCAGGGCCGUCUUCCUCCUCCAAAUUUGCUAGAGAAAUAUGGGAACCUCGAGCACCUCUCCAUUGCAAACGUUGGUGUGUCGUCCCUAGAGAAGUUUCCCCACCUUCGGAACUUGCAGAAGCUCAUACUAUCUGAUAAUCGUAUUGCUGGUGGCCUUGAAUUUCUCGUUGAGGCUGGUUUGCAGUCGCUGCGGGACCUUGACCUCUCCAACAAUCGAAUCCAAUUCCUUGAAGACCUUGCUCCACUUGCGCAGCUCAAGCUAGUUUCUCUCGAUCUCUAUGAGUGUCCAGUCACGAGGAUCAAAGAUUACCGAUCUAAGGUAUUUGGCUUGAUUAAAUCUCUUAAAUACUUGGACAAGAUGGAUGCUGAUGAGAAUGAGCGGCCCGAGUCCGAUGAGGAGGAGGAAGACGAAGAAGAUGAGGAAGAUGAUGACCCUGGGAGUGGAGAGAUCGACGGUGAAGAUCGGUCGGGAAAGAUGAGUAAUGGUGGCAGCGUUGGAGGUGGAAGAACCCUUGUCGAUGUUGACGAAGAUGAGGAAAGCGAUGCUGAUGAGGAGGAGACAGAGAUCACCAGGGUCGCAAAUGGAUCGAGUUCGCAUCAUCAGUCUAAUGGGUGUCGGGUGGCGGUCUCAACAGAUGGAGACGAUGAGGACGAGGAUGUAGAAGACGAAGAAGAUGAUCUUGGUGAGGAAAUUGAUGAAGACGACGGUGAGGGUGAAGAUGAGGAUGUUGUGGAGGUUCAUGAGAUCGAGGACAGUGAUGACGAGGAAGAUGGGGUUGAAGAGGAUGAUGAUGGUGAAGAUGAGGAUGACGAAGAGGAGGAGGUAGAGGACGAAGAAGAAGAUCCCGAGCCUGGGAGUACGGGGCGGCUAACUAGCACUGAAGGUGAGAUUGAUGGUCAUGAGCAUGGUGAACAGGCUGAGGAAGACGAGAAUGGAGAGAUUGGGGAGGAGGAUGACCAGGGUGUUGAAGCAGCCGGUGAAUAUGAAGAAGAUGAUGGGGAGGAUGAGGAGGAAGAUUAUGGAGCAGAGUACCUGGUUCAGCCAAUUGGGCAGGUUGAAGAAGAAGAUGCUGAAGGUAGUGAUUUGGAGCCAGGUAAUGAAGAUGAUGAUGCUGAGGACGUUGAAGAUGUGGAUGACCUGCGUGACAAGGUGAAAUCCCAUCCAUCUACUUCUUCCCAGGCUAAGAGGAAGAGAGAUGAUGAUGAUGAUGAUGAGGACGAUGAUGGUGUUGAAGAUGCCAAGUCAUCCAGGCACCAUUAGUAGCUUACCCUCUGCUUUGAUUGACGUGCUCGUCACUUAGCAAUGGUGGAAGGAGAAGAGUGGGAAGGAGAUUGUUGGCGAUUCUUGUCAGUUUUUCUUCUUCUUGGACAGUUAUGUUGUGUGGGUGGUACUUGGUUCAAAAAGUCGUUAGUAACUUAGUCCCGGCACACUUCCAUUAUAUAGCCGUUAGUUGUUUUUUCAAAUAGCAGUUAUAUGACCGAUUGAUGCCCCCUCACAAUUCCAACCCGGGGUUUUCAAAAGAGUUUAGUUUCUGGAGGGAACACAAGAAAAGGAAAUUUGAUUUAAACAUCUUAUCUUCCCGCCCUUUGUCUAGAGUAGUUUUAAAGUGCCUUUUGUAAAACAGCACAUGGUGAAUAUAUUUGUAGAGUGCUCUUUUGGUGAUAA